AUGGCUCUCAUUGAGUGGUGGUGCUCCGUUCUCAUCUUUGGUGCUGCUGCAUUAACGUGGCACUACAUGGACGUGCACAAGGGCAGGUCUGCCCUACGGCAUAUUCCUGGUCCCCCCUCCGAGUCCUUUCUGAAAGGCAAUGUUACUCAAUUCUUCUCCCGAUACGGUACCAAUUUUCAGCGGCACGUGGCUUUUGACUUUGGCCCUGUCGUAAGAUUGAAUGGCAUGUUCGGACGGUCGAUGCUUUACGUUUCUGAUCCUAAAGCGUUACACACGAUCAUGAUUAAGGAGGAGCCGAUAUUUCAGGAAGCUAAUUGGUUUAUUUCGCUCAACGAUUUGUUGUUCGGCCGGGGACUAUUAUCGACCUUAGGCGACAAACACAGAAAGCAGCGCAAGCUCCUCAAUCCCGCAUUCUCGGUCGCUCAUAUGCGUCACAUUAUCCCAAUUUUUUACCACGUCGUGCAUAAACUUCGUGAUGGUGUUAAGAAUCAAAUAAAAAAUGGUGCCGAAGAAAUCGACAUGUUAAGCUGGAUGGGCCGUACAGCUCUUGAACUAAUCGGACAAGGUGGUCUCGGUUACUCAUUCGAUCCGCUUACUGAAGAAGCACACAACGAAGACGGUCAUGCGUUAAAAGUUUUGUUCCCAAAUUUAGCCAACUUGGCCAUAGCGCGGCUUAUGCUUCCGUAUCUUAUCAAAAUUGGUCCGGCUGCGUUCCGGCGUUUCAUUGUUAACCUUAUACCUCACCAAGAUGUCCAAAGGGUAAAGUAUAUUGUGGAUACGAUGAAUUCUCGAUCGAGGGAAAUAUUUGCGAAGAAGAAAGCCGCUCUCCUCAAAGGAAACGAAGCUAUUCUGCAGCAGGUAGGCUCAGGCAAAGACAUCAUGAGUAUUCUAAUGAGGGCAAAUACGAUCACUUCCGGAGAUGACCGACUACCCGAAGAUGAGCUCGUCGCGCAGAUGUCGAUGUUGGUCUUCGCGGCAACGGAUACUACAUCGAAUACAUUGGCGCGUAUCCUGCAGAAUCUGGCAGAACAUUCCGAUGUGCAGGAUAAGGCGCGUGCGGAAAUCAUGGAGGCGAAUGCUGGGGAAGAUAUAUCGUACGACAGCCUUGAUCAGUUGCCACUCCUUGAUGCUAUAUGUCGAGAAACGCUUCGGCUCUAUCCUCCUGCAGAAUUCAUUACCCGUACUGCCAAUAAGGACACCAUUGUCCCGCUGUCCGAACCUAUCGUAGGAAACGGCGGUAAGAUGAUCGGCGAAAUUCCCAUUGUCAAAGGCACAGAGGUCAUUAUCGGAGUCCUUGGCUGCAACGCAAGCAAAGAGCUUUGGGGCGAAGAUGCCCGUGAGUGGAAACCCGAGCGGUGGCUGUCUACCCUCCCAAAGAUGGUGACCAAGAAUACCAUUCCUGGCGUCUAUGCUAAUUUGAUGACGUUCGCCGGCGGAAAGAGGGCUUGUAUCGGCUUCAAAUUCUCGGAGAUGGAGAUGAAGGUCGUCUUGGCGGUUCUCCUGUCUAACUUCACCUUCGAGUUGACGGACAAGCCUAUCGAGUGGAAUACUGCGGCCGUUCGCUACCCCACUGUAGGUAAAGUGAGCAAUAAGCCGCAGUUGCCCCUGAAAGUGCGGCUCCUGGAGGAUGCGAAUGCGACCUGA